AUGGGGUUAACAGAAGGUGCUAUACCUGAUUGGUGUGGUCUCUAUUCUUCUCAUGUAUCACGAUGUAAUCCGAUCGAAUGUUGUUGUAUUAAUGGACAAGUUAAAGUAACAAAUCCAACAGCGUCAGAAACCGGCUUUGAAUUUCAAUUUGCCGGUGUUUGUCCGCCAAAUGUUGAUCUCAAUAUAAAGAUUGCAUUACCACGAGUAACAACAAGUACAACAGCAGUUAAUAUAUUUGGUGCACAAAUUAAAUUAACAUUAAGUGCAGAUGGAUAUACAAUAACAUCAGAUGGACCUAAUCCAAAAUGUAACGAGUAUUUAAUAAGAUUAACUUAG